AUGCAUACUACUAAGAUGGCAGGAAGGAGACGCAACAGAGGUGGCAACAACCAGCAACAGGCCCCGCGAGGACGAAGAGGAGCUUCAGGCAGGGCUCUACGGCAGCCGGCUGCUUUUGCCAAGUCGACUGGUUGUGAUUCAGAGGUCCCCCAUGAAAAGUUGACCCUAGCCCAGGCGAAGAGGGGCACACCAGCGCAUAGACCGGUGCGGGUGUACGCUGAUGGCAUAUUUGAUCUUUUUCAUUCUGGACACGCCCGAGCGCUGAUGCAGGCCAAAAAUGUGUUUCCUAACACGUACCUGAUAGUUGGAGUGUGCAGUGAUGAGCUGACCCACAAAUUUAAGGGCUACACUGUGAUGACUGAGGACGAGCGCUAUGAGGCCCUGAGGCACUGCCGCUAUGUCGACGAGGUGGUGCGGGGCGCCCCCUGGACCCUCACCACGGAGUUCCUGACGAAACACAAGAUUGAUUUUGUGGCCCAUGAUGACAUCCCUUACACCUCUGCUGGAUCAGAGGAUGUUUAUAAGCACAUCAAGGCAGCAGGAAUGUUUGUGGCCACCCAGAGGACAGAGGGCAUCUCAACCUCCGACCUGAUCACUCGCAUUGUGCGUGACUAUGACAUCUAUGUACGACGCAACCUGCAGAGAGGCUACACGGCCCGAGAGCUUAAUGUUGGAUUCAUUAACGAGAAGAAAUACCGCCUUCAGAACCAGGUGGACAAAAUGAAAGAGACGGUCCGUACAGUGGAGGAAAAGUCCAAACACUUUGUUUACCGAGUGGAGGAGAAGAGCCAGGAUCUCAUCCACAAGUGGGAAGAGAAGUCACGGGAAUUCAUUGGCAACUUUCUGGAACUUUUUGGACCAGAUGGAGCUUGGCAUGCUCUUCAGGAGCGCAGUGGGCGAAUGCUCCAGGCCCUGUCGCCUUACUCAUCCCCUCGUGGCUCCCCCAGCAGCAGUCCCACCAGAGUGCGCGCACGCUCUCCUGACUCCUCACCAGCCUCCUCCCCAGCCUCCACCAGCACCACUCCGGCCUCCACAUCACCUCCUGUCUCUCCAGCCGCUCGCCGCCGCACCUGAAAAGGGAAAUUUCUCCUCACUCAUGACUACCUCCACAAACUGUAUGAUGAGCUCUAUUGGUCUUUAUGUAGGAUCUUUCUUUCUGGUAUGAUUCAAAAUAUGAGAUGUACUGUUGAUUCAACUGAAUAAUUUUAGAAUUAAUUUAUUACUGGUUUAUUUACAUAUAAAUACAAUACAAGCAUGGUGUUUUCUCCAUUAAAAGGUAACAAAAAAAUAGAAAAUAUUAUUUUAAUUUCUACAUAUGCUGCAUAUUCUCACAUGGUACCAAUUAAGAUUUACAAAAAAAAGAAAUCUCACCAAAAAUGGACUGCACAGAUGAAUUUAACUAUUUAGCCAUCAUGUUGCAGUGUAUAUGAUUUUGAGAACAUGAUAAAUGCCCAUGCACAUUUAAAAAUACAGUCCUAGUAGUAGAAAAGUGUUUUUUAGACAACAAAUGGAUUUCAAAACAGUCUCUGAUGGUAUUGUGCAGGGUCAAUCACUCAAAGGACUGAAAUAUAAAUACAAUUCCAGUUAUGGGUGAAACAGGAUCAUCAUUAAUUGAACAGUGUGCUACUAAUGAUGCUUGCUGCAUGUGAAGACACUGCAAGUUUUUCCUCAGUGAAAUACAUUUACAGUAAUUACAAAUAUUAACAUAAAUCAAAAUAAGAAUACCCCUGCGAUUGGCUGGCGACCGGUUCAGGGUGUACCCCGCCCCCCGCCCGAAGAUAGCUGGGAUAGGCUCCGGCAGCCCGCAACCCUAGUGAGGAUAAGUGGUAAAGAAAAUGGAUGGAUGGAUGAAAAUAAGAAUAUUGCUACACAUAAAAAGGAAGCUAUGCCACUGACCCAAAAUAAAACUGUGUUUUAUUUCAGAAUAUUAUUGAGGUUAUAGAUAGAUAAGACAAUGCUUUAUCGAUGCAGGCUCCAGCUCCCGUGACCCUGAACAGGAUAAGCGGUGUAGAGAAUGGAUAGAAGGAUGAAUUUCAUAACAUUGUAAUUACCUUAAAUCAGGGGUGUCAAGCUUAUUUUUUCUGCGGGCCACAUUGUAGUUGUCAUUUCCCUCAGAUGGUUGUUAUUACUGGGAAAUCACAUAGUAAUAAUAUCGCCUCGAUAUUUUAGCACAUAGCUAGGCACAACAUAUUGAUGGAUAACCAGUUUUCAAAUGUGAAGUCAAGGAAAAUAGUUUGUUCAACUAUUGUUAAUUUUAUUUUUAUAGUGUUUGGUAGCUAAAAAAUACUGGAGUAUAUCAAGUUAUUCAAAGUUAAGACAAUUUGCAAUCUUGGUACUGAUUUUAACAAGACACAGACACACACGAUUUUCUUUACAUAAACUGAUGACAAACAUUGGUCCAUCAUGACUAUCCAAGUGUUUGACAUCUUGUU